GGAGAUCAGUCGGUGGAGCCAGGCAGAAGAAGGACUUUUCCCCGUUUUAUAUAUUUUCUCAUCCUUGUAAACGCAUUCCUCGGACAUUACAACUCUCAUUCCAUGCCAAGAAGUGCAAACGGCAAGUCCUGCUCUCUCCCACAGACUCGACCCAGUCCAACUCUCCGGACUGCAUUUCUUCACUCUCUUCCUCCUCGCCAUCAAUUUCAAAUUCCAAACAAUAACUACAAGCUAUCAUUCAUCAUCAGCAGCAGCAUUACAAGUCUGCAUAUAUUUUCCUCCUCGUCUCCUUAGCGUUCCCAACUCUCCUCAACUAAAUACUUACACAUACACACAUCAGCCUCUUUCUUAAGCGUGAGAACAGUGUGACGCCAGAAUAGUAUUGCCAUACAUAUUAUCAUUAUUAUUGCACCAUCCCGUGUACUCCAACUAAAAACUGCUAAAUGACCUUCUCUCACUUCAUCCACCACUACUUUGGCAAUAUCGUCCUCCUCACUGCUUUUGUGCCGCUACACAUACCGCUGUUUUACUCUCGACAUUUGAUUCAUAGAAAUCUCUUGCAAUAAAAUAAUAUUACACGUUCCUCGUUGACCAAUCUGCCAUCACUCAAAAUUCUUACGACUCCAACAAAGCCAGAGUUCUUGCGGGGUUAUGUUACAUACGUCGUGGACGGGUUUCAGACACACGGACCGAAUGCACCACAGUAAUAACUUAAUAAUUACUGGUGAAACGUGCUAAGUGAGUGUAGCUGCAAGUGAACAUACUGAUUUUCUACGCGAGACUCCAGUCUUGGUGCAGUAUUGGUGGUUAUUUACAAGACCGGAUCAAUUCUUGUGGUCAUUAUUAUUUACCAAACUGGCGAGACCUGAUUGAUUCAACUUUCAUCAACCGAUAAUAAAAAUUGAAACGUUCGUGAUUCAUCUGACCUGAAAAGUGGAGAUAUUAUUAUUGCAUCAAGUUGAAUUGGACAUUUAUUGGAGCCUGUAAUUGGACUCACUUUCUGAAGCCAAGAAACUUCCUCAAUGCUAUUUGACAUGGUUUAUAUAAAGUGACAAUUAGUGAAAAUUACUGACGAGUGCUUUGAACUCUGCAGUUUCUCUGAACCGAAUCAACACAAAAAAUUUCCCAGAUAUCUACUGAAUUCAUCCUUAACUAGAUUUUGAGCCGCAACUUCCCUACGCUUGGAUUAUCGGUCUACUGCUACGAAAUUAUUCAGCUGAGCAUCCAAGGACCAGAAGAGAAUAUUGCGAAUAGGUACACGGAGAACGGACCCGUUAUCCAGAAUAAAUAGGACUUGCAUAAGCUGUCGUGGAAGGAGAGUAACCUUGACCUACUGCCCCACGGUGCGGUCUGGUGAAACUUGAAAGCACGUUCGUCCCAGAACGAACGGUGUGCUGCUAACCUAAUCACAAAGUAUGAUCUAUAUAGCAAACAACGGCACAAUGCGAGAGAACCAACAUUGUUCAACUAGCCACACAACUGCUGCUCCGAAUUCGGGGAAUUGAACUUGUCCCCCACCUGACAGCUUCCCUGCACCAGUUCCUACUAUAAAUCCUCUAUGAAGGCGUAAAAGUGCGUGGGGUGUUUUCUCCUCAUCAUGAUAAAGGUCAGGCAGCAACAAACCGCAUCGUAAUCAAAUGCAGUGUGUUAUCCAAUGAGCCAAUGAUUCAGCAUCAAUUACGAAGCACUGGACCCCUUUUUAGCCGUCAAAACAGAUUAGUCUGCGGCCAGGAAAAUUUGGAAAAUAAUGUUGUAGACAGUGACUCACACUCACCGAGUAUGCGAUAAUCGUAAUUUGAUCAGACUCGCAAACACCCCGACCGACCGUGAGGCAUUGCCAGAUUUGGAGCUUAUCUCUGUGUUAAACAGUCGCCCUUUUCUUCUCGCUCGUGUCCCAUCCACGGUUGAACCAUGGGAAAUCUUUGUUCCAAACGCAAGAGUAGCGAUAGCAUCUCCGAGAAAUCGGACGACAUUGGGUCGACAAAGAAGUCUCGAGAGACGCCUGAGAAACAGGACACACCCCAAAACCACGCUGAUUAUGCGAAACGUCAAAAUGGGGGUGCAACAGGUCAGCCAACUACGUCACCAACUCCAGUACCAGCAGGUGCGAAGGCAGAGCAGCCCGUCGCCCCAACGCCCGCUGCGUCCACCAAAAAUAGAAAGGCGGCGGAUUCUUCGUAUUCAGGAGAUUCCGUGUCGUCGCCAUCCACUGUGGAUAUUCCCUUCCCAUUCGAGCUUCCGCUGGAAAUGAAAAAACAGACUGACAACGUGAAGAAUCUCAUGCUGGGACGAGUGGCCAAGGUCAAGCCGGUCUUGAAAGGAAGGAAAAUCAACCUGUACAUUUGCGCCUCAUUUUCACAAGACUUUCGACUGGAGAAAGGAAUUUUCCACACCGUUGUGUAUCCGGCUCUCCGGGAGCUCUGUUCUAGUCGAGGCUACGAACUCCAUGUCACUGAUCUACAUUGGAAAACGGAUCUCGAGAAUCAACAAGAUCAUCAAUUUCCAGAAUUGUGUUUAGGAGAACUCCAACGCCAGUUGGAAGUCUCGUACGUGGUCCCCGUCCUAUUUUUAAGCAACUCUUUAGGUGAAUCUCUACUACCGAAAACGGUAGAGCAGCAAGAUUUUGAAAUGUCAUUAAAGAACGUUGGCGAUGUCGAGAGUCGAAGUUUAUUGGAAACCUGGUAUGAGAUUGACACUCACGCGGAACCUCCUUGCUACCGACUCAAACCCGUCUCUGCUCAUUUACCUAAAGUUCGGUCUACCACGGAGGAGGAGAAGAACCAAGCAAUAAAUCAAUGGCGUGGGAUUGUGGAGCAGAUAUUGGGCAUUUUUCUGCGAGUCUUUCCUGCAGAGCUGAGAGAUACGUACCUAACGACUGUAAUUGAGCAGGAAAUCCACAAUUCCAUCUUCAUGAGCAGAGAGGUGGGCAAGAGGUCGGUGUGGUGUCACAGGGUGUUCACACAACUCCCAGCUGGACAGGACGCCAAUGACUCCACUCCGCUCACCAAGGAGAAAAGUCGGAGAUUGGAAGCACUGCAUAACGAAUUAAAGAAUCAACUAUCCACAAGUCACAUUCUCCGUUUGCUGGUCAAAUGGGAGGCGGAUGGCUUAUCUCAGGAUAAUGCAGAGCAUGCCGCGUAUCUUCAAGAGCUCUCUGGACAACUUUCUACCCAACUAAAAUCCAUUCUGGACGACAUUAUUGAAGAGGACAAGGGCAAAGCCGUGUGGAAGUCAUCGUAUGGUGUCGAUGGAUUGCUUUGUUCCGAAUUGAUGCAACACACCAUUUUCUGCCAGCAGUCUGCCAAUACUUGUUCCAUACCGUUAGAGAAUACCCUUAGUGCUAUCAAACAAUAUAUCGCUAGUGACAAGUCGUACCCACUGGUUGUUCAUGGAGUGAAGGGAUGCGGAAAGACAUGCUUGAUAUCCCGAGCUGUUCAACAAUGUCUCAACUGGUUCCCCGACGCCUUGAUAGUUUACAGAUUCGUAGCUCUCACUCCCGAAAGCUCCACUCUUGUUCAAAUCCUUCGAACCGUGGUGAACCAACUGACCUGUCUCAUCACUGGAAGAACUUUCUGGAUACCACACAAUGUCGACUGCUAUCGGAAAGAGUUGUUCAAAUUGGUGUCUUCAAGUCCACAAGCCUCUUCUAUCAUUAUCAUUAUCGAUGGAAUUGAUGAGUUGGAUCCGCUGGUGGUGUCAGAGUUGAGUUGUUGGCUGUCGGAAGAAAUGCCCUCAAGGAUGAAGAUAAUCAUGUCGUGUUCAGAGGCUUCAGAGGACACCUCCGUCUUUCAGAUUAUCAAGGCCAGUUUGAAGCACGAAGACGCUUUCAUCUCGGUGCCGAAUCCGAAUCAAACAGCGGCUGAAGGGCUUCUAACUGCGACUUUGCUUCAAUACUGCCACAGUGCUGACGGUGACCUUCAAAAGAAAAUCUCGUCUCGAUUGAAGCACUGUACACUGCCUCUCUACAUUAAGGUGCUGGCUUGGCAAGCGUCCAUUGGAUCCGUCGACCUGUCUGGGACUGGUGAUACCCGAUCCGUAAUCAACGAUCUGUUUGACUACCUGGAAAAGUCCUUGGGCAAAGAGAAGGUGGAGUACACCUUGGCGUUGCUGUGCGCAUCUCGCUACGGCCUGUGUGAUUCUGAGAUUUUGGAUUUGCUCGCCCACUCGCCCACCUUCUGCUCCAGUGUCACCCAUCUUGACUGGGCUCCAGCGAGCUUGUUCCUGGCGCAGUUGUGCCAAAGUCUGGGACCCUUUUUGGAGUGGGGGUCGGCUGGCGGAUCGUUGGUAAUCCGAUGGAGGGACCAACUGAUGAGUGAAAUUGCCAAAGAACGCUACCUGGGGAAGGGCGAGACGUCUAAAAAGACUCGCAAACUGCUCCUCGACUAUUUCAAGUCAAAUUGGAAGGACAAGAAGAACGGGCGCUUCCAGAGCCAGCCGUCUGAGGUGCAACCGGGCAACAGCUAUCAAAGGAGGAAAUUGGAAGAAAUUCCAGUUCAGGAAUUUCACUUGGAUGGCUCCAUCAAGAAGUCGUACUUGUGUAACUUGAAGUGGUUGGUUGAGAAGCUCCAGGGAUCCUCGGUCUACAAUGUUAUCGAGGACAUUGUGAUGGAGUCCAAAGGCGAUACGGCCAACCUGGACGCAGACCUUUCCCUUCUCCUCAAAGUACUCGAAAUGAGUGCAAAUGCGCUGAGCUAUGACGGCUCUCAAUUUUUUGGCCAAAUUUACGGCAGAUUGCAAUCCCUGAUCCAGAGCAACUCACCUGACGUGAGCAAAUGUUCCUUUAUGAAGAAAGUGUACGAGGAAUGUGAGAAGCCACGAGUCCCGUCCUUUGUCCCCUUGUCCUCCACUCUCCUUCACAACCCUCACGACCUCGCUGCACUCCUCGCACAGGAAUCAAAAUCCUUUCAAGAGUUGGGAGCCGGAGAAGUUUAUUUUGAUCAAAUUACACGGUUAAAAUCCGGAAACGAGUAUGUCGUCAGCCUAUCCACGUCCAACGAAGAGGUGAUCGUGUGGGACGUGAAUCAAGCCAAACCAGUUCGGACCCUGCGUGGCGUGCCUAACCCCAACGACUUGAAAAUCAUUGAUAACACACGAGUCGUGCUUUUAUGCGGAAGAGAACUUCAGAUUUUUAAUUUAGAUGAUGGGUCUUUUGUGAGCAAAAUGAAGGGGAUCAUGAAUCAAAAGAUGCCCUACUACUCGCCAGUAUCAGUCCCUGCGUCAACUGGACUACAUGAUGAGCAUCACAUCGUGUCCUUGUCUCGAAACCGAAUGUACGUGAAUCUUAUGAAUUUGACGAGUGGAGAGUGCAUCUCGACUUUCAAAGUGGGUGAAGAUCGCUUUCUCAAUUCUUUGAUCGUCUCGGAAAAUGGAAAGAUUUUGGUUUGUGGGGACGAGACACAAAAACCUUUCCCACUUUUAGUUUGGGACCUUAAUUCCAAGAAAUUAAUUUAUGAUCUUCGCAUCCCGCAUCACGAAUUUGUGACCAAUCUGUCGGCAAUCACAAAGGAGGGACAUUUCGUCUGUUGCGUUUGCAGGGAAGUGGAUGAUCCAGGACCCAACUUUAUUGUAGUUUAUGACCUUCAAAGUGGCACAUUGUUCAAAAAGUGGAAGCCUGGCUACAGCACUCACGCCAUUGCCAUUUCUGCACAAGGAGGUUGUGUUAUCAAUUCGCUGGAAGACAAUCGAAUAUUGGUGUGGGACUUGGUUACUGGAGCCUGUAAGCACUCCUUGCACAAACACACUGCCCCUGCGGACACUUUAUUACUGGAUCAUACGGGAGCCAGGUGUCUGUCCUACGACUCGAUAGGCAGAGAUCGUACCGUUUGUCUCUGGGAUUUAGCCACAGGAACAUUGUUUGCCUCAUUUACGCCCGAUCUCCCUUACUCCGCCUGCGAGGUGUCCAAUGAUGGCUGUGGCGUUGUUUUUGGUUUCAAAGGACGUCGAGACGUAGCCACAAUUCUGUACAGGACGGAGCAAUCAGAAGAGAAGGUUGAUAAAGAAGAGAGCUUCGGAGAUCCCGAGAACGCUGGGAAAAUAACAGAUCUGAAAAGUUCCGACAAAUAACUUGACUAAUCAGAGUUAUUAUCAUCACGGCUGACCACACCCACUAUGUAGUUCAUUAAGAAUAACAAAGAGGCGCGUAGGAGCUUUUAAUUUCACAAUCGGAUACGAAAGAGCACGUUUAGCAGACCACGUAUGACCCGCGUAUAGGCUCAACAACAACUCAUAAGAUGUUCAACAACGCUACAUGUCACAUUCGAAUGAUUUUAAUUUUUACCUGUAUAACAAAUCGCAGAAGCUCAACCGUUAUUUGCACAUCUAGUCAUCUCGAGCUUCCCUAUUUUAACACUGUAGCCUAUGUAUUGCUAUCGAGCGUUCAAUUCAGGUGCAAUUCCACAAUGAUACAUAAGAUAUAUUUAUUCAUAAGGGUAUCAAUAUACAAAAUUAGAACCCCUCUUCAACCCCUCUGGUUUUGUCGACUUUGUUUACCCCGAAUAAUUUUACUAGUGACUUUUAUUAUGUUUUUUAUCGUUACUUCGUUGUCGUUUUCUUAAUUUGCCAGCUCCUUAAUUGUGAGGUGAGUUCAUUGUAUUAUUAAACAACGCUUGACGCUUCCACUACUAUUCUACUUAUUGUUACUGUUAUUACAUGAAGUGCGUACGUCCUUGUAUGCACUAUAAUCGACGUAGAACGUAAGACCCGUAGGUGCCACGAACCGUCUUAUCCUCCUCCCAGCUGGUUUGGGAUUUUAACGAUCUAACAUUUAUAUAUGUACGUAUAAUAUAUCAAAUAUAAUAUUAUUAAUUUUAGCUGGUAAACGUUCGCCUGAUAACGUUUUCUCUGGAAGCAAUCGUUAUUCAUUUUGUGUUUAACAGGCUUUUUAAUUACGCAAAUAGACCAAUGAGUUCUCUCACAGUCUAGCAAUCUACAAACAAUUUCCACAAUUUGCUUAAUGAAGAUGAAGAAAUUAAUCUCAUGCGUUCAACUAAUCAUCCUUUGAAAAAGUUUUAAUUAAUUUGGCUAAACUUGGACAAAUCAACAUAAUCUUCAUAAUCGGUUACGAACUAAAUCUAUAAAUACUUAAUGUCAUGCACAUUACACACUAAUUGUUGUGCUGACGAGUAGGAAUUCGUACACCUCGUAUCUCGUUCUGGUAACUUGCUGUACAAGUUACUAUGAGCAUUCUUCCCCAUUUUUCAUAUAAUUUAGUACUUGAUAGCCAAUUUUAGACAUCUCCACUCUGAACGCUUGAUUUAAAACCCUGUCUGUACUGUCAUUAUCCUGGUAAUCAUGUGCUUAUGUGGUUGUAUUUAGAUGAGAUAUUUUGUCUUCUUGAAUGGAGCAGGAGAGACAACAGCUUAUUGUCUCACGUUAUAGCACGAAUAAGAGGAAUAUAUAAUUUGUAGCAGAUCAAUAGUAUAUUUAUGAAAGAAUAAUUGGUGUGUGGAAAAUGUUGCUGGACGAUAAUUUUUGUGAAUCAUAGAAAUGAAUGAACGAUUAGAAACGAAGCUCACAAUUUAAUGAAUAGAUUUCAUUAAUUGCUAUACACAUACCGUCUCUUAUGUUUUGUGUACAAAGUUUUAAGUGAAGAAAUAUGAUGUCUAAUAAAAUAUACCCGUCUUAUUGUCGUUA